UUCUCAAAUAUGGCUAUGGUGCUUAUAAGCACCAGUAUAUAAGAAGUGGGCAUUCCAUGUUUAUUCGAUAGCGUUGUUCCUUCCUCAUUCGCCAACUCAUUACUCACAAUGCGUCUCCUGCAUUUUCUCUUGGUCACAUUGGUUGCCGCGGAGGACGGCUUAGAUGGCUGGCUUCGUUAUGCACCAUUGGAUCUUGGCCACAAGCAUGUGUCGUUUCCAACCAGCAUUGUUGCUCUCAACUCCUCCAAGGACAGCCCAGUGUAUACAGCAGGCUUAGAGUUGCAGAAGGGUUUCAAGGGCAUCCUUUCUCAAAAUCUCAAAAUCAGCCAUGACGGCAGACCAACCUCGUCAGCUAUAAUUGUUGGCACCGUCGCUGAAUAUUCCAAGACAAGCAACAAGCCCCUCAAUGCCCCAAAGCUUAAAGAAGAUGGGUUCUGGCUGAGCACUCAUGGCAACACCGUUACAAUUCUCGGACAAAAUGAGCGUGGUGCUCUGUAUGGCGCGUUCGAAUAUCUAUCCCGUCUUGCACAGGGGGAUCUCUCUCCGGCUACGUAUGCUACGAGCCCAGACGCCCCUAUCCGCUGGGUAAACCAUUGGGACAAUCUGAACGGCACGGGUACUCAUGGUAGCGUUGAGCGUGGUUAUGGAGGUGACUCUAUAUUCUACAAAGACAACGUUAUCUACCAAGACUUGAGCCGUGUCACCGACUACGCUCGUCUCCUAGCCUCUAUCCGUAUCAAUGGAGUUGUCAUCAACAACGUUAACGCGGACCCAGCCUUUUUGACAGACAAAUACUUGGAAGGCGUGGCUAGAAUUGCGAGUCAUUUCCGGCCGUAUGGCGUCAAAGUUGGACUAUCUCUCAACUUUGCAUCCCCACAACUCAUAGGAGGACUUAAUACAUUUGAUCCACUGGAUCCCUCCGUCGUUGAGUGGUGGAGAACUACCACCAACAAAGUCUACAAAUAUGUGCCAGAUAUGGCUGGUUAUCUUGUUAAGGCCAACUCAGAAGGCCAGCCCGGUCCACUCACCUACAACCGCACGCUGCUUGAUGGAGCCAAUAUGUUUGCCAAAGCUGCCAAACCCCACGGAGGCAUUGUGAUGUUCCGUGCUUUCGUGUACGAUUCCGUUAAUCUCAAAGAGAGCGAUUGGAAAGCCGACCGCGCGAAUGCAGCAGUCGAUCACUUUAAGCAGUUCGAUGGCCAAUUCGAUGAUAAUGUUGUCGUUCAAAUCAAAUACGGGCCAAUUGACUUCCAAGUCCGAGAACCCGCAUCUCCAUUGUUUGCCAACAUUCCUAAGACGAACGUGGCUAUCGAGCUUCAGGUUACCCAAGAGUACCUUGGACAACAGUGCCAUCUUGUCUACCUUCCUCCGCUAUGGAACACCAUCCUUGAUUUCGAUCUCCGCGUAGACAACAAGAAGACCCUCGUUCGAGAUGUCCUUUCUGGGGAGCGCUUCAAGCGGAACCUGGGCGGAUACGUUGCUGUUUCCAACGUGGGAGUAAACUCAACCUGGCUUGGUAGUCAUCUGGCAAUGUCGAACUUGUACGCAUAUGGCCGUAUGGCCUGGGAGCCAACCGUCGAUGUUAAAGCUACUCUAGAUGAUUGGACUCGCCUUACCUUUGGCCUUGAUAAAAGCGUCAUCAAUACCAUAAACAAGAUGUCUAUGCAGUCAUGGCCUGCAUACGAGCAAUAUACCGGCAACCUUGGUAUCCAAACCUUAACUGAUAUUCUUUAUGCCCACUACGGCCCCAAUCCUCCAUCGCAGGAUGACAACCCCUGGGGCCAGUGGACACGUGCAGAUGCGGACUCUAUUGGCAUGGAUCGUACUGUUUGGAAUGGCACCGGUUUUGCUGGCCAAUACCCCACUGAAGUUGCAAGAAGAUACGAGAGAAUCGAGACGACUCCUGAUGAUCUUCUUCUGUGGUUCCACCACGUCCCUUAUACCCACCGUCUACACUCUGGCAAGACUGUCAUUCAACACUUCUACGAUGAACACUAUAAAGGAGCUGAGACUGCCCACAGCUUUCUUGCCAUGUGGAAGUCACUCAAAGGGAAAAUAGAUAAACAACGUUAUGAAGAGGUUCUAUUCCGCCUAGUUUACCAAGCUGGACAUUCAAUUGUCUGGCGAGAUGCGAUCAACAACUUUUAUCACAACAAAUCCGGCAUCGCAGAUAAGUCCAAGCGUGUUGGGAACCACCCCUGGCGUAUUGAGGCCGAGAGCAUGACUCUAAAGGGCUACGCUCCUAUCGCUGUCAACCCCUUCUUUACUGCCUCUGGGUUUAAGGGUAUCGUCACGACGUCGAAUGCGCCAGGCACAGCAACGACCAAGGUCAACUUUCCUUCUGGCACAUAUGACCUUGCUGUAGGAUACUAUGAUAUCAUUCGAGGCAAGGCUAAUUGGAAAGUCUACAUCAACGAUAAAUUACUCGGCGCCUGGGAUGGUGAUAACGAAGACAAGCUUGGCCACUGGCCAUCAGAGUUUCUCGACGGCCACUCCGCAACACGCAUCACCUUUGAUGGCGUUAAAAUUAAGAAGGGCGACACGAUUAAGAUUGUGGGAACACCGAACGGGCCAGAGCUCGCCCCCGUCGACUAUAUCGUACUCCUUCCGAAGGGGAUUAUUGACUAAAUUUAAUUGAUGUGCUAUAAUCCUGAGUAGUCUACAAUACAAGUAUUGGCAUUAGAUAAGACUAUAGUAGCAAAUAUACAUUCAACA